ACCACUGCUCUGCUGCUGGCAUUACCAGUCCGACUCAGAGAAAAAACUAGGAAACAGGGGCCGCACAAUUAACUAUAGUACAAACAAGGGGAGGCGACGAACAAGGAAAACAAAGCAGUUUUUGUUCCAAGGAGUCCCUGAAUUGCCUUCUGCUGUCUUGACAAAUCGGGGGAAACUAGCGAAAACGCCAUUUACAAGGUGGACAGUCCGCUGCCUGGUUGCUCGUGGUAACUUUCCGCCAUGCCUUUCCCCUUUGGCAAGUCCCACAAGUCGCCAGCGGACAUCGUCAAGAACCUUAAGGACAGCAUGACGGUGCUUGAGAAGCAUGACAUCUCUGACAAAAAGGCAGAGAAGGCCACAGAGGAGGUGUCAAAGAGCCUGGUGGCGAUGAAGGAGAUCCUAUAUGGGACUAAUGAGAAAGAGCCCCAGACAGAAGCUGUGGCCCAGCUAGCCCAGGAGCUCUACAACAGUGGCUUACUUAGCACCCUGAUAGCAGACCUUCAACUCAUUGACUUUGAGGGUAAAAAAGAUGUGGCUCAAAUCUUUAACAACAUCCUGAGGCGUCAGAUUGGCACUCGGACGCCCACAGUGGAGUACCUCUGCACCCAGCAGAAUAUCCUCUUUAUGUUGCUUAAAGGGUAUGAGUCUCCAGAGAUUGCCCUAAACUGCGGCAUCAUGUUGAGGGAGUGCAUCAGACAUGAACCACUGGCCAAAAUCACACUGUGGUCAGAGCAGUUCUAUGACUUCUUCAGAUACGUGGAAAUGUCCACGUUCGACAUUGCCUCAGAUGCAUUUGCCACUUUCAAAGACCUCCUCACAAGACACAAGCUACUGAGUGCAGAGUUUCUGGAGCAGCAUUAUGACAGAUUCUUUAGUGAAUAUGAGAAGUUACUUCACUCAGAAAACUACGUGACUAAAAGGCAGUCCCUCAAGUUACUGGGGGAGUUGCUUCUGGACCGGCACAAUUUCACCAUAAUGACAAAAUACAUCAGCAAGCCAGAGAAUCUCAAACUAAUGAUGAAUCUGCUACGGGACAAAAGCCGCAACAUCCAGUUUGAGGCUUUCCAUGUUUUCAAGGUGUUUGUGGCCAACCCCAACAAAACGCAGCCCAUCCUGGACAUCCUGCUGAAGAACCAGACCAAACUCAUCGAGUUUCUCAGCAAGUUCCAGAACGACAGAACAGAGGACGAACAGUUCAAUGAUGAAAAGACUUACCUGGUCAAACAGAUCAGGGACCUCAAGAGGCCUGCCCCGCAGGAGGCCUGAGGGCAGUGCAGAGGUGGGGGGAGGAGCCGCCAGGACAUCUGCUUAACGCAACCGGCAGCAGCUGCUGUUCUGGUUUCUGAACAAAAAUCGAGGAAACAAAUGAAAAACGAAAACGAAAUACCAUAUCAACUCACCAGGAAGUCGCCAGCUCCUCUGCUCCUCAGAGAACAUUUGAUUAUUUUUUUCUUUUUCAGUCUUUUUCCUUCAAAAGAAAUAAGAGAAAAUAAUAGAUGCUGCUGCUUUCUUGCACAUUGAGACAUGUAAAGUAUAUUAUAAUGACACAACAGUUCAUCAAACAUAGUGACAGAAAAUGUCCGUGCAUUUAAAGUAAGGCAGACUUCCUGAUAGACACCAAGGAUCAAAAAUAGACACAAGUUUACACGCAUAUAUGUAUUACAUUAAAAAAAAGAAACAUGCAUACACACAUACUGCAAGAAUAUCAGCUAAAACCUUGUGAUGGAAAUGGUACGAGCAAGUUGAACAUUGGUGUGUUUGUUGCAUGCCUUGAAAUGUGACAGAUCCAAGGCUGUACCCGGCGUCGGCUGUGUGAUGGCCUGCCCAGUCUGGCUCCCAUGUUCAGUGCCACAGACUUGGAAAACGCACGUGCAUCACAGCAACCGCUACGGUUUGCAUCUAUGCCUUCAUCCAGUAAAAAGCAACAGUGGUUCAUUUUACCGAUUUGUGGGGACAAGCUUUCAGAUGCCAUCACACAGAACCAUUUACCUCCCGUGUGCUUUGUUACGACACAGCACUUGAAGCACAUGGGGAAAGGAGGGAGGGAUGCAAGGUAUGGAUUUUGCAAAAGCCUGAGAGUUGGGUCUCUUUAUUGUUUUUUGGGACAGGGUGAACAUGUACAUAUGCCUUUUUUUGCUUUGUAGAUUUUUGUUUAACCUUGACAUAUGAAUAUAUAUUAUAUAUAUAUUACCUUAAACAUCACGUUUUUGGUUAAUUGUAAUCAAAUUACUUUCUAAACCAUAAAAGAAACAACAAACAAGUUAAGUGACAUUGUUUUUGCAUUUCAUUUUACUGCUGAAAUGGUUGCUGGUGGGUUUCUUAUACAUAACUUAAAGGGCCAGCUCACAUUUAGCUAACCUAUAGGAUAUUAACAAUUUGUACAGCGGAGGAAUGUCAUGGUAUUAGCUCUGGAUCUGUUAAUCCUCUUUUUAUUCUCCAUCUACGUUUUGAGUAUCUCUCAGACUGCUGCAGGGGUGUGAGCAGUGCAGAAAGGGGAGGGAGGGGAUGGGAGAGUAUUAACUGAAAAAUUAAAUCCUUUGUGUUUGUGCACUUUGUGAGGUGCUGAGCGAUCAACAUCACCUAACUGGAGUCGAGGACUGGGGAUUUACCCCCCCCCCUCAAUUUCAUGAACUUUCCCCCCCCUUAUUCUCACCACUUAGCUGGUGGCCUGGGAGUGCUGUGUGGUCCCACAGUUAGUGUGCUUCAGGAGUGAGCUCAUCAGGACAUUGGCGACUCGGCACAUCAUUCUUACUUUCCCCCCUUCCCCUCACGUGUGAGCCGCUCUCCUCAGAGGGUUUAUAAUUCCAGUACAAUUAUGAGUGUAAAGCAUUGUGGGUAGCAGAGUACAUGUUGGAUUGUCCUCAUGGUGCUGAGCAACACCGACGAAACCACAGAUUUGUUAAUGACGCUGUCCAUGUAAUAUUUAUACAUUCAAACCAAGCCAAUAAAAAAACCAUCUCGGUGCAGUCAGCAGCACUACUCAGAUUACCCACAGUCCCUCCAUGCACAUUGAACAUGCAUGUUCCUCCACUGGCUGUGCAUGAUGCUGUACUAAAGGCAUUGUACUGGAAUUGUUUCUUCCCCCCCAAAUAUUUAACAACAUUAAAAUGUCAAAUUGAACUCUUGGCUAUAUGGCUGUAUGCUGACUUUGACUCCAGUUUCAGCAUAGAGUGUGUGGGUGCUUUCAGAAGUGUCAAAGGCCUGGGCCCUACAAUUUGAAUAAAGAAAAAAAACAUUUGGAAUAAAAUAAAGAUGUAGUCAUGUUCUUCCUGUGUGCAUAAAUCACACAAAUGUUAAAUGUCCGAUAAUAUAUGGGUUUGUACAUCAGUUUGCCGUAUAAAGGUGGGACUGGUAAAGGUCAUGC